AUGGCCAUUUGUCACAGACGCUGCUGCCCCGGCGGAAUCACUGAGGGUAAUCGAAUUGAAGGCUCCCGUGUCGCCGAUUCGCGGAUACACAGUGACGCUCGAAUGCAGCUACGACCUGGAGAGGGACCAGCUGUACAGCGUCAAAUGGUUCAAAGAUGGCAUCGAGUUCCUGCGCUAUGUGCCCAAGACAGGCCGAGAAUACAGGUGUUCACAAUCAAAGGACUCAGUGUGGAUGUUGCAAGCAGCAACGACACUACAGCAGUGCUUGACGACGUACAGCACUCUGCCUCGGGAAAUUAUAGCUGCGAAGUGUCAGCUGAAGCACCGACGUUCGACGUGGGUGUGGCUGAAAAGAGGUUGGUCGUCGCAGAAACGCCUAUAUCGAUAGACCAGCCACCAAUCGGAAUCCUCGGCGGUUCCGUGCGUCUCAACUGUGCUCACAACCUCGGCGGAUUGCCCCUGUACAGUUUCAAGUGGUUCAAGGACGACAAAGUGUUCUACACGUUUAUCCCUCGCAACAGGCCACCGGGAAAAAUGUUCAACGUGCAAGGAGUGACGGUCGAUAGGCUGCAAGGAAACUAUUCGUCCCUCUACCUGAAAAACCUGAGUGCCCUGAGUGCAGGCGCUUACCGCUGCGAAGCCAGCUCCGAUGCUCCGCCCUUUCUCACGGUCCAAGACGAGAAAAUGCUCGCAGUGUUCGAAACACCGCUGUCAAUAGACCAGCCACCAAUCGGAAUCCUGGGUGGUUCUGUGCGUCUCAACUGUGCGCACAACUUUGGCAGCUUGCCCCUGUACAGCUUCAAGUGGUUCAAGGACGACAAAGUAUUAUACACGUUUAUUCCCCGCAACAGGCCACCGGGAGAAAUGUACAGCGUGACAGGAGUGACAGUGGAUAUGCUGCAGAGCAACUAUUCGUCCCUCUACCUGAAGAACCUGAGUGCCCUGAGUGCAGGCGCUUACCGCUGCGAAGCCAGCUCCGAUGUUCCGCCUUUUCUCACGGUCCAAGACGAGAAAAGGCUUGCGGUGUUUGACAAGACCAUCGUGGCAGACGAGAUGCACGGUUGGUUGCCCGGUCGGUCGUUCCUUAGUAAGCUGGCACAACCCACUGCGGAAUUCGGCCAUGAAACAAAUGGUUCCUUGUUUCAGGGAGUCUUACAGGUGGGAGAGUUCGUGCGCCUCAACUGCACCUCCAGCCGGUCCAGGCCGGCUCCCAAACUGGCGGUGUACGUCAACGACCGCCUCUUGAUCGACGCCGACGUCAGGACUAAAGUCACCACGCACCCGGACGGCUUCCAGGUGACCACGCUCUCUGCGAACAUCCCAGUAAAGCAGCACGGCGUAAGCAGAGCCGCCCUGCGAGUCAAGUGCCAGGCCAGUUUCGUGGGCCUGUACGAAGCCGUGGGCGAGAUGGCCAUUCCAGUUGGGCAGCAUACGGGAGGCCACAAGGCGCCUUACCAGCACCAGCGUCCACAGCACAAGCAACCGUCACAGCGACAGCCACACCUCGGUCCAAUCUCGUCGAUACAAGACGAGUGUCUCACCAAGGCUAUGGAGAUUGUGGCAAGGGCGUGGGCUGCCUACCAGUGA